AUGCCUGAAACAACUCAAGUCAAGUUAGGUGAGAAAGGAACCACAUAUGAAAGCAGCCAUCCAUAUUACUUAAACAACUCAGACUCACCUGGUAUGAUUCUGGUCAACAAUGUUUUUGAUGGAAGAGGAUAUCUAGGUUGGAGGAGAUCCAUCCUCUUAUCUCUAUCAGCCAAAAGGAAACUUGGCUUUAUCAAUGAAACCUGCAAGGCUCCAGAACUGGAAUCUGCAGAUUUUGAACAAUGGAGUUGUGUCAAUGAUAUGAUCAUAUGUUGGAUAUCAAAUGCUCUAUCUAAGGAUAUUGCAGAUAGUGUGAUGAAUUCCAAGACUGCAAAAGAACUUUGGGACAGCCUGGAACAGAGAUUUAGCAAAUCAAAUGGUGCCAAACUCUACCACCUGCAAAAGGAAUUAACAGGUAUGAUACGAGAGAAUAGUGACAUUGCAGCUUACUUUACCAAGCUUAAAAGAUUAUGGGAUGAGUUAGAUGGGAUAAAUGUAAUUGUGUGUUGCUCAUGUGAAUGCAUUUGUAAUGGGAAAGCCAAAUUAACAAAAUCACUAGAAGAUCAAAGGUUGAUUCAAUUCCUAAUGGGAUUAAAUGAUGUAUAUGCUCAGGAUGAGAAUCAAAGGGAAGUGUAUGCAAACACAAAUUGUAUCUCUGAUUCUGGAUCAUUUAUGGCAGUAGGUCAAGCAAGACAGCAAAACAACAAACUAAUUGCUGAGUUUGCAGCAUUCAUGGCUAGUGGACAGGGAAGAAAUGCACAGAGAUUCAAACACCAAGCAGUAAGAGGAACAAACACAUAUCAGAAGCAUGUGCAAGAUGAUUGCUACAGACUGCAUGGAUUCCCUGCAGAUUUUGAGUUUACCAACUCCAGGAACUAUCAGCCCCAGAUCAAGGCAAACACAAGUUUGACUCAACAAGCAGAUGAAGACAUUGGGAAGACAAAUUUUGGAAUUAAUGAUGGAAAUUUUGAGGAACAGUUCAGCAAGCAACAACUUGCAGAAAUGAUGCAAAUGUACAAGCAAAGCAAAUCAACACAAGCAGGAAAGACAGGAAUUAAUGCAAAUGCAGUAGCUGGUACCAUUCUUAAAUACUCAAACUCUGUACCCACUAAUCUUAAACAAGAUACUUGGAUAAUUGAUUCAGAAGCCUCAGAACACAUAUGCUUUGAUCCCAAUUCCUUCUUAUUUUUAAAUCCUCUCCCUAUGCCUUUGAACAUUAACUUACCUAAUUCCUUCAAGGUAAGAGUAACUCAUACAGGCAGUAUCUCCAUUUUUUCAGGACAGGUCAUCACUGAUGUACUACUUGUGCCAGAUUUUAAGUAUAAUUUACUUUCAAUUCACAAGUUUUGUGUUCAGUUUCAGUAUGAUGUCCUAUUCACUGCUACUGGAUGUUUCUUGCAGGACCUUUCAAUGAAGAGUCCUUAA